UGCACUGGAUGGGAGUGUCCCUCUCUCUCCUGAUUCCCUAGUAGAUACAUUGUCACCCUAUAGUCUGGCAGCCUGGCUGCUCACCUACAUGUAUAUCAAUGAAGACCCCAUUUGGAAAGACGCCAGGCCAGCGCCCCAGAGCUGAUGGGGGGAAUACUGGGGUAUCUGCAAAUCUGAUCAAGAAGAAAAAUUCCCACAAGAAGCAGAAGAAUGUUGGUCCAAGCAAGCCUAUUGCCCAACCCAGACGAAACAUAGUGGGUUGCAGCAUAACGCACCAGUGGAAGGAAGAUACCAAGGUUUCCCAGUGGAAAGGAACAGUUCUCGAUCAAGUCCCUGUCAACCCAUCUCUCUACCUGAUCAAGUAUGAUGGAUUUGACUGCAUCUAUGGACUUGAGCUUCACAAAGAUGAGAGGGUGCAAGGCCUGGAGGUUUUACCAGACCGAGUUGCUCCAGCUCGCGUCAGUGAUGCACAGCUAGCAGAAACCAUGAUAGGCAAAGCAGUGGAGCACAUGUUUGAGCAAGAUGAAGGACCAAAGGAGGAGUGGAGGGGCAUGGUGCUAGCACGGGCUCCCAUUAUGAACACAUGGUUCUACAUCACUUACGAAAAGGACCCUGUUUUGUACAUGUACCAGCUCUUGGAUGACUACAAAGAGGGGGAUCUCCGGAUAAUGCCUGAUUCAAAUGACUCGACCCCAACCGAGAGAGAGCCUGGAGAAGUGGUGGAUAGCCUUGUUGGCAAACAAGUGGAAUAUGCCAAAGAGGAUGGUGGCAAAAGGACAGGCAUGGUUAUCCAUCAGGUUGAUGCCAAACCCUCUGUGUAUUUCAUCAAGUUUGAUGACGACUUUCACAUCUACGUCUAUGAUUUAGUAAAAACGUCUUAGGAUAUUGAGAAAAUCAUUGAUUCACAGACCGUGGCAAAUGUUUUCAGGAUUUCUUUGAGACAUCAAUUUCCAGUUAAAUGGACAAUUCCUUCACAGGCUACGAAUGUGAAACUUGUCAUUUUCUGUGUCACUGCUUCCAAUGCGAAAGCUUUUAGUGUACUUUGUCUGAAGUCCACUUUUGUUUGAAAAGAGACCUCUGCAGAAUUCACCAUGUCUGAACAUUUACUCUGUUCAAUUGGGCCAGACAC